AUGAAUUUUAUCAGGGCAGUUGACAAGACCACACGUGAGAAAACUAAUCAGAAAAACCUCCUGACCCAAAGCCCUUGUGGGAGUCCCUUCACCAGAAGGACUGCAGCUGUUAAAAAAGGUGGCCUACUGCCACCACUAACUCCUGAAAGGCUAUGCUGGUACCUACAUCCUACAAACCAUCCUUCUUUCCCCCACCCUUGUGCCCCACUCUCCAACACCCACCCUUGUACACCACUCCCCAUCCAUCCCCUCCUACCCACCCCUGUGCCCCACUCCCCACCAUUCCAACCAACCUUGUGCCCCACUCCCCCCCCCCCCCCCCCCCCCCCCCCCCCCCCCCCCCCCCCUCCCCCCCCCCCCCCCCCCCCCCCCCCCCCCCCCCCCCCCCCCCCCCCCACCCCCCCCCCCUCCCCCCCACCCCCCCCCCCCCCCCCCCCCCCCCACCCCCCCCCCCCCCCCCCACCCCCCCCCCCCCCCCACUCCCCCCUCCCCCCCCACCCCCCCCCCCCCCCCCCCUCCCCCCCCACCCCCCCCCCACUCCCCCCCCCCCCCCCCCCCCCCCCCCCCCCCCCCCCCCCCCCCCCCCCCCCCCCCCCACCCCCCCCCCCCCCUCCCCCCCCCCCCCCCCCACUCCCCCCCCCCCCCCUCCCCCCCCCCCCCCCCCCCCCCCCCCCCCCCCCCCCCCCCCCCCCCCCCCCCCCCCCCCCCCCCCCCCCCCCCCCCCCCCCCCCCCCCCCCCCCCCCCCCCCCCCCCCCCCCCCCCCCCCCCCCCCCCCCCCCCCCCCCCCCCCCCCCCCCCCCCCCCCCCCCCCCCCCCCCCCCCCCCCCCCCCCCCCCCCCCCCCCCCCCCCCCCCCCCCCCCCCCCCCCCCCCCCCCCACCCCCCCCCCCCCCCCCCCCCCACCCCCCCCCCCCCCCCCCCCCCCCCCACCCCCCCCCCCCCCCCCCCCCCCCCCCCCCCCCCCCCCCCCCCCCCCCCCCCCCCCCCCCCCCCCCCCCCCCCCCCCCCCCCCCCCCCCCCCCCCCCCCCCCCCCCCCCACCCCCCCCCCCCCCCCCCCCCCCCCCCCCCCCCCCCCCCCCCCCCCCCCCCCCCCCCCCCCCCCCCCCCCCCCCCCCCCCCCCCCCCCCCCCCCCCCCCCCCCCCCCCCCCCCCCCCCCCCCCCCCCCCCCCCCCCCCCCCCCCCCCCCCCCCCCCCCCCCCCCCCCCCCCCCCCCCCCCCCCCCCCCCCCCCCCCCCCCCCCCCCCCCCCCCCCCCCCCCCCCCCACCCCCCCCCCCCCCCCCCCCCCCCCCCCCCCCCCCCCCCCCCCCCCCCCCCCCCCCCCCCCCCCCCCCCCCCCCCCCCCCCCCCCCCCCCCCCCCCCCCCCCCCCCCCCCCCCCCCCCCACCCCCCCCCCCCCCCCCCCCCCCCCCCCCCCCCCCCCCCCCCCCCCCCCCCCCCCCCCCCCCCCCCCCCCCCCCCCCCCCCCCCCCCCCCCCCCCCCCCCCCCCCCCCCCCCCCCCCCCCCCCCCCCCCCCCCCCCCCCCCCCCCCCCCCCCCCCCCCCCCCCCCCCCCCCCCCCCCCCCCCCCCCCCCCCCCCCCCCCCCCCCCCCCCCCCCCCCCCCCCCCCCCCCCCCCCCCCCCCCCCCCCCCCCCCCCCCCCCCCCCCCCCCCCCCCCCCCCCCCCCCCCCCCCCCCCCCCCCCCCCCCCCCCCCCCCCCCCCCCCCCCCCCAGCUGCAGCUUUAAGCCCUCGGCGCGGCCUUUGCCACAUCCCUCUGUGACGUCACGCGGGCCUCCCCGCCGCCAUAUUGCUGGGAAGUAA